AUGUUUGUACACCCUGCGAGGAGACCAGAGUCGGUCGCACCGGUGGAUGCGGGAGCCGCCCGGCCUGGAGGGCACCGGGCAGACGAGUCCCCCGGGGCCGGCACAGCUCGCCGUCACCCCGCGCUCCGCCCUGGGCGGGAGGGGAGGAGCGGGGGGUUUCCCGCGGGAGCCGCUGCCGAGCGCAGGAGCCGCGACAGGCUCAUCCCCACCCGGCCCGCCGACCGCCGCCUGUCCAAGGUGGAGACGCUGCGCCUGGCGGCCAGCUACAUCUCGCACCUGGCCAACGUGCUGCUGCUGCAGCAGCGCCGGCACGACGAGGGGGUGGACGCUGAGCAGCCCUGCCCGCAGAACCCGCAGCCCCGUGAGUCCCCGCAGCCCUGCUCGCCACCGGGCAGCUCCACGCCGCGGCCCAUCUGCACCUUCUGCCUCAGCGAGCAGCGGCAGCGGCACCGAGAAGGAGAGAAACCACCAGCUGGUCCAGCAGUGAGCGGGCACUGAACCGGCCGAGGUUCUCACACCAAUCCUGCACUGACUGUACCACUGCUCUGGGUAACGUCGUCACACUCAUGCUGCAUGUUUACAUUUAAAUAGCACAGUCCUAAACGAGUUACUUUUCAAGCCUGUAUGCACUUUGUUUCACAUUGUGAGAGGUUUGUUCAGGGUGUUUUUUUGCAAAAUGAAAUCGAACGCUGCUGGGAGGGUUGCACCUGGUGCAGCAGCUAUUUUAGCGCGAGAAACGUUAAACCUAAGCAGCCAAGCCCUGAUCCUGAUGUCUCCUGAACCUGUGUCGCAUGAUGAAACUUGAACUUCGAAACACACGGUGUGCCCUGUCAGAGGAAGCUGUCAUGGACACGCUGUGCCCUACGCCUCCAGCCCAGCCUGGGCUGCACGCAGCGCUGCCUCCCACUCCUCCAGCUGCACGCCAGUUCCCGGGGAGGGGGCCUGACACUGACAGCUGACAUGCCCGAGAGGUCUCAGUGAUGCUGGAAGAUUAUUUUAAGGUGUUCACAGAAAGUCAGAAAACUUCCAGUGAAAGCGCUGCUGGUGGCUGUGCGCAGGCACAGCAGCACAUCCGCACGGGACGUAGCCAGGACAGGACGGGAAGGUGGAGCAGUGUAAGCGAUGCUCUUUUCUCAUUAUCAGUGUGAGUCGUGCCAGUCCUUUAUAUAGCAUGGGAUAUUCCUAAAUCUGCCUGGCAAGCACGGGGUAGGGAGGGUUUCCCAAGGGCUUUUACCCAUUACGCAGGUCUUUCCCAAAUUGUGCCUGAACAUCACUGAGGUCAUUUACCUCCCCUCUGUUUAUUAACUUGUAUAUUUAUAUUCAGGAGUAACUCUAAAUAGCAAAUAAGCAUGUUACGUUUUCAGUUUUGGACAUCAGCGAAGCAGCAGGCUAGAAUCUUAAACCCCAGUAAUGCAGGAUUUUAAAAAAUAUAGGGAUAGUUUUAUUUUGCAAUGUUUUUAUAGCUAUUUAUAAUAUGCUUAAUUAGACUUUAAUUAAUCUUAACUUGUCACAUUGGGAGGCACUCUCUAUUUUUUAAAAGCUUAGUUACUGUACCACUCUGAGAAGUGCUGCAGAGAAUACUUGUCUGCCUUUUAUUCCCCUGAUCCCAUCUGUUCAGUGCUCCUGGCCAGCCUUGCUUUAGCCAAAAGUGAGGGCUGAAGGAGCAGCACUGUGUUGUUCACUUUAUUUUCUGUAUAGAACUUUCUCUUCUUCCCCUACAUAAGUGCAAAGCAAAUUCUGGCAUUCACUAUUUAGAACUUGGCAAGGGCAGGAUCUUAGUAUAUUGCUCAUACAACUUCAUAGUUUUAGUUUCCCUUCUCCUCUCCCCAAAACACACUGAUCACCUUUCCUUUGACACAAUGAGGAAAACCCUACUGCACCUACAGAACCUGGAAUAAACUUCUCCUCUGAAUCCUAAUAAAGAAAAAUACUGAAGCAAAGUCACAUCACAUCAAUCUAUUCAGUUAUUAAAAAAUAUAUGCUGUAUUUUCCUAGAUUGAGAAGAGUUGUUUGUUUUUAGAAGGUUUCUAUCAUUAACCUUGUUUUUAAUAAGGAACUUUAAAUGGUUGCAGGAUUAUGAUCUUUGUUUUGCUUUGGCAUUGAUUCAUGAAGCUGGAACUCUUUACAAGUUUUGUACAAAGUGCUUUUUAAUUUUGAUGUUGUGUUGGCCUGUGGGUAUAUAUUUCCACAAAGACAUCUUCUUGGCUUUUUUUUUAAUUAAUUUGAAAAAAUUUAUCUUUUAAAAAGGCAUUUACUCUAUAAUUAAAACUGAUCUUACUGUUAGGCCCUACACUCUUAUGAACACAUUAAAUCAAAGCAUUUGACCUCUUUACAGAUACAGUUAAUACUAAUUUAUUCAUUUAGCUGUAUCAUUCUGUAUGAUACUCUAAAAUGACAAAACAUAAUGCGGUUUCAAAUAAUUUUGGGGAAAUUCUGCUUUGAGUAUGCUCUGAGUUUUGAAAUUUGUAAGACAAUAAAAUCAUUUCGGGUUUUCAAAAUGUUGUGAUUUUAUUACAGUUCUAAGAGGUUUUUGUGUAUUUCUUUGCAAAUAUAUCGUAUUUGGAUUUAGUAGAAUGUCUAUAUACUUAGUUAUUAAUGGAAACGAGUAUAAAAAAAGUGAGGUCCACUUUUGCACCACACUAUUAGCUGAAAACUCAUUACUUGAAACUCUCAUAAAUAAUUUGUACAAUCCUAGAGGAAUUUGGUGUUUGUACUGCAAAUGGGAUUUUAUCUCUCUGGUUUUGUGUAGGGUUUAUCCAAAAUGCUUUUCAGUGACAAAAGCAGGAGCAAGCCCUUACGACUUGGCCUUCUCUCCUGUUUAAUGUAUCUCAGUGUAGCAUUAAAUUCUUCUCCCUUUACUCAGGAUUAACUGUUGAAUUCGACUGGGCUUGAAUACUUUCUCAGGGUUUCAAUAAUGUAGCACUGAUUGAUCAUGUCAGUAAUUAGACCCCAGAGCACUGUGGCCCAAAUAGUCAUGGUAUAGACAGAUAUUAUCUAUCCAAUACAAUUAUAACAGUGAUUUCUCUGAGGAACCUUUAUAUAUAUGUAACACUACGUAUUUAAAUGGGGACAAGUGGGGACGGAUCCGGAACUUUGCUGAAAUUUAUUUAUAAUGUAAAACUCCUCUACCCCUAGGAGCAAAAAAAAGAUACAGGAUUGAGCUGUUACUCUGUAAUGGGUUUUCUAUAAACCGAGAGAAAAUAAUUUAAUUUCUGGAGACGCAGAUGAAUUGAGGGCUCAGAUUGCACUUGUAAAGAGCUCAUCAUCAUUAGGUGCUUUAUUGAAUUUUUGCUGUAUGAGUUUUUGUGUCUUACCAGUUCUAUUUUUUUAAUCAUGGAGCAGGAUUAUUCAUGGCAUGCACAAAUAUAUAAGUCAAAAUUUUGAGGUGGUGGCGAGGCAUUGGAAUGACGUGGGUUUUUCCAGAGGUGCUGAACAACCUCUUGUUCUGCUGCAGACAUUGGGUUUUGACUCAUUUGUAAGUGCAUUCUGCUCUGUAUGUGUGAACAGAGGAAUGCCUGAUGCCAAUCCCAUCUUUGUUUUCCUGUAAACACUUGGCUAUUCGAUUUACAUGAUGCAUGAAUAAAGCAGAAACAGUGAGAUACACACCAUUUGGUCUCAGAUCCUAUUAAAUGAUUGGUAAAAUAUUCCCAGCAUAGUACUUUGUAUAAGUCAUUGUACUUAGUCUGCUACAUCACAGUAUGAAAACAGCAUCAAGCAAAAUAAAUAAAUCAUGUUGUUUGAUUUUGCUGCUUAAGUUUAAAGAAGUAUUUGAACAUAGUUCUCGGUUAUUUAUGAAUUAAUUGUAAUGUAAGUCAGAGUAGUUUCAUAUGUUAGCUACUAUUUUAAUUUCUGUUCUACAAAACAGAAGUUUCCGUUCAUGAAAAAUCUGCUUCUUUACAAAAAUCUGUAUUUGUUUGCAAAAUGUGCUUUUAUUUGCAAAAGGAAACAGUAUUUUUGUUACUAAUUUGAACAAUAAACUAUAAACACGAA